UUCAAACUCCGCCCUCUCUGUCACCACAACUUUGGCUGAGGAGUCAGCAGACUGCGAUACAUACAGCGGCAGCCUUCGGGCAAAUUACUUCGUCAAGGCUCAAAAAGGCCUUAAAAUGAGUCAACUGAAAGAGCGUUUCGUGGCUCUGCUCCAUGAAAAGAACUUUGUGACAGAUCAGUUGGAACGUCUGGAACAAAAGACUGGAUGGAAGAGAGAGUAUCUUGCCUUAGGUAUCGUGAGCUUUGUUGUGCUGUACCUUUUCUUUGGAUAUGGAGCUUCACUUUUCUGCAAUCUGAUCGGCUUUGUUUAUCCAGCAUAUUUCUCCAUCAAGGCCAUUGAGAGCAACAAUAAGGAUGAUGACACACAAUGGCUGACCUACUGGGUGGUUUAUGGACUCUUCAGCGUUGUUGAGAGCUUUUCUGACAUCUUCCUCUUCUGGUUUCCCUUUUACUAUGCUAGCAAGUGCCUCUUCCUGAUUUGGUGCAUGGCUCCUGUGUCGUGGAAUGGUUCUACCAUUUUGUACAAACAGAUGAUUCGGCCAUUUUUCUUGAAACAUCAGUCUGCCAUGGACACUGCCGUCAAUAAUCUGACAGACAAGGCUAGGAACAUAACCGAGACUGUCACAAAGGAGGUGGUUAACCAGGCCCUCAGCCAUGACAAGGCCCAGUGAGGAGUAUGGAGAGGCUUGGUGUGUCUGUGACUGAGUGUGUUGUUUUACCUUUUGUUUGUCAUCCCCUUCCAUGAUGGGUGAUGUUCACUGACCCCAAAGUCAUGAACUGAAGCUUCUUUAUCCAGAAAAUAAAUAAGAUUGUGAAUCAGCAUCAGUUUUUCUGGUAUUGGUACUGCACAGGUGAUCGAAACUGUGACCUUUUUGUGUGAUUGUAUUCCUUCUUUGUAUUGUGGCAUAACAAAGAGAGAAAAUAUGUUUAUAACUGGAAAAAAAAUCUGUUGUUUUCUUUCCCAUUUAGGAAAGAAAAUGGGCUGAUUACACUACAGAUAUGUGCUUUAGUUUUUAAAUAAAAAUAUAGCGGUACGUCUAUGUCAUCUCAGGAGUCUUAAAGAUUGGGGCCUGUCGUGGUUAUAAAAUCAGGUUCCUCGUAAAUAUCUUCAUUUACAAUCAGAACUGGGGCUUUUCCAUGUCUGCAGUGUUUUUGUGUUUUUACAAUCCUUAUUCUCACAUGUGCCUGACAGAAUUCUAAGUUUUUAAGUCUGGGAAGGUUUUUGGUCUUCAACAGUAGCUUGAUAACUUCUCUCUUUUGUCUUAAUUUAUUAUCUCACAAAGAUGCCACAAUAAAACUGGAACCCUGAGAAACUG